AUGGCGACUUCCUUGUGAGCCACGUUUGUGCUGUAGUAGUCUGAAUAAACUUUCUUUUCUGACGCUCAGGCGUUUACAAAACUAUUCAUCAUGUCAGGUCGACACAAUAACAAAUUACCGACAAAUCUCCCACAGCUGCAAAAUCUUAUCAAGAGGGAUCCGAAGUCUUACACGGAGGAGUUUUUGCAACAGUAUCGUCAUUAUCAGUCCAAUGUCGAGAUCUUUAAACAUCAGCCGGACAAACCCAACAAAGACCUGGCUGAUCUGAUUAUGUUUCUGGCUCAGGUUGGACACUGUUACUUAGAAGAGCUGUCAAAGUUCCCCCAAGAGCUGACUGAUCUUCUCAUUAACUACCAUACAGUUCUAGAAUCAGAUCUCAGAAUGACAUUUUGCAAAUCCCUUAUCCUCUUGAGAAACAAGGAUCUGAUCAGUCCCACGAGUCUUCUGGAGCUGUUCUUUGAGCUACUGCGCUGUCAUGAUAAACUUUUACGAAAGACUUUAUACAUGCAUAUUGUGACUGACAUCAAAAAUAUCAAUGCCAAGCACAAAAACAACAAAUUGAACACAACGUUACAGAACUUUAUGUACACUAUGCUGAGGGAUUCGAACCCCAUUGCUGCAAAGAUUUCUCUGGAUGUGAUGGUUGAUCUGUACAGAAGAAACAUUUGGAAUGACUCUAAAACUGUGAACGUCAUCACCACAGCGUGUUUCUCCAAAGUCACAAAGAUCCUUGUAGCCGGAUUAAAGUUCUUUCUGGGAAAAGAUGAAGAUGAAAAGAAAGACAGUGAUUCAGAAUCAGAGGAUGACGGGCCGUCAGCCAGAGAUCUCAUGAUCCGAUAUUCCACAGGAAAGAAAACGACAAAAAACAAGAAGAAAAUGGAAAAAGCCAUGAAAGUCCUUAAGAAACACAAAAAGAAGAAAAAGGUUGAGGUUUUUAAUUUCUCUGCCAUCCAUUUGAUACACGAUCCACAAGAUUUUGCAGAGAAACUCUUAAAGCAGUUGGAGAGUUCAAAUGAGCGUUUUGAGGUGAAGAUCAUGUUAAUGGAGCUUAUCUCUAGACUCGUGGGAAUUCAUGAGCUCUUCCUCUUUAAUUUCUAUCCAUUUGUUCAGCGAUUCCUUCAGCCUCACCAAAGAGAGGUGACCAAAAUUCUCCUAUGUGCCGCCCAGGCCGCUCAUCAGUUAGUCCCUCCUGAGAUCAUUGAGUCGGUCAUCAUGACCAUCGCUAAUAACUUUGUAACGGACAGAAAUUCAGGGGAGGUCAUGACAGUUGGAAUCAACGCUAUAAAAGAAGUUGUCGCCCGCUGUCCACUUUCUAUGUCAGAAGACCUGCUUCAGGAUCUCACACAGUACAAAUCCCACAAAGACAAAAAUGUUGUGAUGUCAUCCAAAGGUCUUAUCCAACUCUUCAGAGAUCUAAAUCCACAGAUGCUACACAGAAAAGACAGGGGGAGGCCCACAGAAUCAUCCAAAGAGGCCAAGAUCCAGAGUUAUGGAGAACUGGAGGCCAAAGACUACAUCCCUGGAGCUGAGGUGCUGGAGGUAGAGGAGAAUGCAGAAGAGGAAGAUGAAGACGGCUGGGAGAGUGCAAGCAUGAGCGGGGAUGAUGAAGAUGGAGAAUGGGUGAAUGUGCAUCACUCCUCUGACGAAGAUCAGACAGAAGUUGCUGAGAAAUUGCAGAGUAUUCCAGAGGAUGAGCGUAAAGCUAAAGCUGCCGUGGUCAGCAACAGCCGACUCCUCACGCAGGAGGACUUCAAAAAGAUCCGCAUCGCUCAGAUGGCCAAAGAGGUCAACGCGGCACCCGGCAAAGGUCAAAAGAGGAAGAACUUGGAGAGUGAUGAAGAGGAGGAGAAAGGGGAAAUACUUAGUCUGAGAGACAUCGAACAUCUUCACAAGAAACCAAAAUCUGACAAAGAAACACGACUGGCAACAGCCAUGGCUGGUCGGACUGAUAAAAAAGACUUCAUAAAGAAGAGAAGUAAGCUAAACCCUUACGCCAGUACAAGUAACAAGGAGAAAAAACGAAAGAAAAACUUUAUGAUGAUGAGACACAGCCAGAAUGUGAGGACCAAAGGCAAACGCUCCUUCAGAGAGAAACAGAUCGCACUAAGAGAUUCACUCUUGAAGAAGAGAAAAUACAAGUAAUUCCUGCCUGUAACCGACUGGAGCUGUUUUGAUGGUUAAUUUCAAACACAAACUGUUUAGACUAUUCUAUGUACAGGAAGAGAAUGUACUGACUUCUUGACUGUACUGAGUUUCAUUUUUCAUGUUUAAUAAAUAGUUUAAACAGUCAAACCUUUGUUGGAACAGCUGGUAUAGGUAGUUUACAAUAUUCUUCUUUCUUAAAUUUUUUAUUUUUUUUUAAUUUAUUUUAAUUAUACAAAAAUAACCAUGGAAUUUUAUUUUUUUAUCUUGUAUGCUAAAAUGUAUUCCAGGUGCAAGGAAUAUAUUAUAAUACCUUUUACCUGAUUGUUACACCACUAUCAGGUAAUAGUAGGUAAUAGUUUUCAUUUAUUUAUUUAGUAGAAAAUGCUAAAACAAUUAAACGCGUGUGAAACCAAAAUGGAAACUAAGAUUAAGAUACUAUGAAACAUGACAUCUAUUUUAAACUAGAUUUUUAAAAGAUUUCCUUAUGACCUUGUUCAAUAACAUUUGUCAGUGACCCAUUUGUUCUGAAAAUAACAUGUUUUGAGUUAUGACUAGACAAAGCUUUGACAGACGAUUUAUUUAUAUUUGCAUCUCGUGGACAACGUGUGUUCAUAAAUCUUAGCCUGUUGACAGCUGUGUAGUCAAUCUACAAAACAUUGAAAGAGAUUGGCGUACAUCUGUGAAGUUUGAGCAUUCAUACUGCAGGAGAAAAACUACAUUUUCACUGUUCUUUUGAGUUUUUAUAAAAUUAUAAGAGUCUAAGAAUAUCUUUAAUAUCUCCCUUUACAAUCUUGCCUUAUUUCACUGGCUAUUCAGUGCCAAUACCUGUUUCUCC